AUGGCCUCGAACCGGCCACUAGGAAAAUCCACAAUGCCGCAGAGCAGCGAUUCCCCCAACUCCGCCUCCGCAAAGGGCUCUCUCGCCAGUCCCGCCAAUGUCAUGACGCCGCAGCGCUUGGCUCGUGAACCCAGCGGUCUGCCCGAGCAGCAGCAGUUACAGCCUCGCGAAUCCGUCUCGGACGAGAAAGAUAGCUACGAAAAGCCAGAAAAUAUUGAGGUUGAGAAGCUGGAUGAUUUUAUUUUGCCUUUGCAGAAACCCGUAAACGACCAAGACGGCGAACGGUUUCUGCUCGACCCGGCCGGCGACCUCACCUACGACAUCACCACCGUCGACGUCGUGACAGUGCCUUGCCCUGGCGGCGACCGACUCCGCACAUGGAACCGCGAGGGCUUACUAGGUCGCUACUUUGGCGCCCCGUCGAUGCGCGAUGCCGAAGUCCACGGCAGCAGUAACAGCGAACGGCCCUCUACGUCCUGGGUGCGCCAGGGCCUCCGGCGCGAGGCCAACAAGGCGCGCAUCCUCCUCUACGCGCACCCGCCGCUCGUCGAGGGCACGACCCUCAACCGCCUCGCCGAGGAGCUCCUGCAGGCGCUGCACAAGCUACGCACGCAAGAGGGCGGGCCGCAGCGGCCGCUCCUUAUCCUCGGCCACAGCGUCGGCGGGCUCGUCGCCAAGAUGGCGCUGGUGCGCGCGAGCCGCGACCCCAAGUACGAAGACAUGCUCGACGCGUGCUACGGCGUCGCCUUCUUCGGCACGCCGCACCAGGGGUCCAGCUACUUUGCGAUGCGCUCGCUCGCGGGGAGCGUGCAGCGCCUGCUGCAGCUCGCGGCGCCGCUGCCCGAGACGCUCACGACGGAUCUACGGGUCGGGAACGCGCUGCUGGCGCACGUCGACGAGGACUUUAAAGAGAUUGCGAACGAUAUGCGAGUUUGGACGUUUUACGAGACGAUUGACUCGCGUCUCUCUGGGCGCGGUGCUGGUGGUGUGACACGCACGGCGACCGGGACGGACGGCAAGGGCGAGGGCGACAAUGUGUACUUUACGGCGCCGCUGACGUCGAUCAAGUCGGCGAUUCUGGGCAUGCGCCAGGAGAGAAUCUUUCCGCUGCAGAGCGACCACGCAAACGUGGCGUCGUUUGGCCGGCACAAUGUCCCGACCAUGCGGCUCUUCCUGCGACAGGUCGCUGAGCAGGUCGAGCACGCGGAUGCCAAUAUUGCCAGCAGCGAGGGGGAGCAGGGCACGGCGCACUGGAAGAUGCCGAAUCUGGAGCAGAAAGUCAACGUCGAGAUUCACGGCUUCUUUGAUGAUUUUAUCGGGGGGACUGGCAUUACGGCGGUGCGGGCGUGGUCCACGAGGCUUCCGCUUCGCGAGUUCAUCAGCAAGGGCCCCGACGAGUGUCUGAAUGAGAGGCUGAACGAGGUCGAUGGCUCGCCGGGCCAGGGGCAGUUUUUGAAGACACGCGGCAGAACAUCGCUGGCGCAAGUGGACCGCAGCGUCGAACACUCCCCUUCGCCGUCGAGAGCUAUCAUAUCCGUACCUCCUGUCAUGACCGUCAAAGACGCCUUGGGAAUCGACAGCAAAAUAACUGGCCCUGUGGGAGUUAUCACGCCAGGGUCGCCGGUCAUACACGCCCUCAGCAGUGUUCCCGCCGUCCCGCCGGCCUCGUCACCACAGUCCGCACCCAUCGGCCCCAUCACCUCGCCACCAUUUUGCGCACCCUCGCCGCCGACGCGACAUGCCGCCUCCGUCGUGCAGCAAAACGCCUCGCCACUUCUCCGGGCACAGAUUGAGCAGGAUCUCGUCAUCGACCGCCUCUCGCCGCCGCUGCGCGGCCGCAGAGCCAGCACGACGCCCGCUCUGUUGUCGCUAAGCCGAUCUGUGAGUCUGGGCAGCGACGGCGGCGCGUCACGGUGCAGGUAUCGCGACUUCCCGCCGUUUUCGGUCAGGAGUCGGAGCGCGGGGGGCGAUGAGGACAUAUUCAGUGGCGAGGAUGACGACUUGGAGCCGUCGCCUGCGUUGCCGGAGAACAUCUUUGGUGAGCGGGUGGUGUUUGGGAGUGGUGGGCAUCGGCAUGAAGAUGUGAAUGCCGGUGUUUUUCUGAAGCCAGAUGCUCAUGCAAAGAAGUUUACCUGGAUUCAUCUGCCGUAUAAUAACCCCGCAUGGGUCAAGAGCAUCUUGCAAACUCUUCAGGCUGCUACUUUACAGCGCCAAGAGCUUUGUCACCACUCAGUACCUCAGCUGUUAGUCCCACCAUGUCACCGUUUACCGGCGACGAGGCGCCUCCUCCGGCGCCGCAACCUAAUUCUACAGCGCUUGAACCAGGGUCGCUCGCGCCCGGUGCCCAACAACGUCGCCAAGAUGGACUCGCUCGAGAUGCAGGUCAUCUGGGAGUAUCUGGGCAACGACCCGCCCAUCAACUGCCGCCGCACGCUGGACCAGUUUGGGUAUCCGUCGCUUCGCGAUACCCGGUCGCGCGACGACGAUCAGAUGCUGUACAAGCUGACAAAGGAGCGCUUCGGCCUGCAUGGGCAUCGGCAGCAGCUUCAUUCGCAGGGAUCGAGUACCAGAGAUGGGUCCAAUAGAAGUGGCAACGAGGGUGGGAAUGUCGGGUGGAAGGAGAGACUGACACGUCUGAGGGGGCAAAAUGAAGAUCAAACUGGGGAAGAGGACGUUUUGAAUGGCAAUGUCUUGAUGGUAGAUCAGCUGUGGCUGUGGGCCAUUAAUACAAAAACCGUCGUUACUUUCUUCCCAAAGCGCGAGGGCGAUCCUAUCGAGGGGCCGCUGUUCCAGCAAGCCGACCUACGAGACAGCAUCUUCAACGAAGUCAAUGUCGACUUGACUCGACAGUGUGAGAAUGCACUUGAUCUGGCCGCACUAUCCGUGCUGCACGCCGUUACCGUUCUUUUAGAUCGGUCGUCGCAUCCCGACCUCGAAAUCUUUCGCAUCUUUGAGGAAGCCAUCAGCGUCUUGACUGAGAAGCUGACAAGCUCGUUGAAGGAAUUUCGCACAGAGGGCGUUCGCGACAAGACCUUUGACUUUGAGCCGGUCGAGAACCGUCUGCGCUUCAUCCGCGCCCGCCAUAAAGAAGAGGGCCGUCGCGCAGAACGCGAGAACCGCGACAACACCUCUGCACUGCUGGAGCUGCGCGAUAUCGAAGACGAGCUGGUGACGUUGCUGCACUUGUUUGAGCGUCAGAGCCGGGUAAUCUCCUCCAUGCAUGCCAUUUACGCCCGCGCCGAGCUGCGCGAGCACACCGUCAACGGCCGUCUCUUCCUCGCCGAGGCGCUGAAAAAGGUGACGGAAUACAUCCAGCAGGCCGAGGAGAUGAUUCGCCGGGUGCGCGACACGCGCGACGACUACGACAAGCUGCUGCAGAUGGUCCAGCGCCAGGCGCAAGUCGACGAGGUGCGUCUGAGCAGGUUGCACGCCGACGUGGCGGGCGCGCAGAACCGCAGCGUCAUGAUCUUUACCGUCUUCACCGUCAUCUUCCUGCCGCUGACUUUUUUCACGGGUCUCUUUGGCAUGAACACGCAGGAAUGGGGCGGCGACAACAACCUCUCCCUCAAGACGAUUGGCACGAUUGCGCUGCCCGCCAGCGUGCUGCUCAUCGUGGUGUCGCUGGUCGUGGCCUGGAGUACCACGGUCCGCAAGCUGUUCAACUACGUGAUUCGGGGGUUCCGACGCCUGCAAGAGUACUCUUACGUCUUUGUAUGGGAUCCGUGCCUGCGUGUGCUGCACGAGUUAGUCGGGUACGUGUCGUGGCGGCGCAGCGAGGCAGACAACGAGGGCGAGGCGGAUGGGAGCAGGGCGAGCGGUGGUGGGAAUGGUGCGCUUCGGCAGGAAGCGAGUGAUUUCUGGCAGAGACACAGGCUGGAGCGCGAUAGGGCGUAUAGGAUCCCGGAGGUGAACAAGAGAGGGGUGCGAAAGGGCUGGUCGGUAAGGGCAAAGAAAGACAACAAGGCCAAGUAG